UCCGUUACACGACACUCUCUAUAAUAAUAAUAAUAAUCUAUAUAUGAAGCUAUGAGCCCAUGCCUCACGCUACCAAAUCAGCCCUGCUUCUCUACCAUUGCUACUCUACUCAGACAGACCAGAGAGAGACACCUAACUCCUCUUUAACACAGACACUGCUUAUAUAUAUAUACACAUACACAUGUAUUUUCCCACACAAUCCAACCACCAGGCUUCCUGAGUCGUAAUUACAUACGUAUAUAGUUGUGAUAAUGAUGGCUUCUGCUGCUGCUAGGAAGAGUUUUCUGAAUUAUUUUGGAGGGGGAGGAGGAGGAGGAGGAGCAGAAAGAGUUGAUGACGAUGAUCUUGAAGCUGAUUUGGAUUUUGAUGAGUCCGAUGUCUGGGAUUCCAAUACGGAUGGUGUUGGAAAAGUUCCCACGUCAGAUCAGGGUAAUAAGAAAUCCAUGAUGAUGAUGAGCAAAAACAACAACAAUUCACGUCCUUUGAAGAAACCGACAAGAAAGAGCGGCGGCGGUGGCGGCAGCUUUAGUCACGCUGCCAAUCACAGGUCAAUUGCUACUGCUGCUGCUGCCGCAACAUCAUUGCCGGUAAACGUACCGGAUUGGUCCAGAAUACUGGGAGAUGAGUACAAAAGCCGCGGCAGCAACGGGAGAGAGCACGAGGACGGCGAGGAUGACAAGGAUGAGGAUGGUAAGUUACCUCCCCAUGAGUAUCUGGCGGCCAGGACGAGAUCAGGUUGGUCGUUUUCCGUUCAAGAAGGCAUUGGGAGGACGCUCAAAGGGAGAGACCUGAGUAGGGUCAGAAACGCGGUCUGGAAACAGACCGGCUUUGAAGAUUAGCACCCGAACACACCCCAAUCCUCUCUCUCUCUCUCUCUCUAUUUUUUUUUUUUUUUGGAAGGAGUAGAUAUAUUUUUAUUUUUGCUUCACCAUCAUCUGCUUCAGACUGGCUUUCGGGGCUGGUAGUAUGUAUUAUGUAGUGUAGCCUCAGAUCCUCUAAUUUUGGGUGGUUUUUUGUGGUUGCCAUUUCAGUCCAGAGGAUCACCGCUAGGUGCAAGCAUGUAAACUUUCUAACUCUGAGAUUUGCCCCAAAUCUCACUGCUUGAGUUAAUUAUUACCGCUA